AUGGCACCAGCACUUGUGGAUUACACCACCGCGGAAAAAGAAUUGUACGAGUUUGAUGACCUCAAAAUCGGUGUCAAAAGCCUCGUAGACGCUGGGGUGACUCACAUUCCCAGGUUCUUCAUCCAACCACCGGAGUGUCGUGCAAACAACUCAUCAACUCCGCAGAACAGAUUACUUAGUAAUGACAGGUUCAAGAGUGUGAAGCACAGAGUACUGGCUACUCCGCUUGGCAAGCCAAGAAUAUCAGCUGUAUCUUUUUUCCUUCCUUGUUCUAAGGUCAGACUUAAGCCAUGUGGACCAAUCAAGGAGCUUCUGUCUGAUAUCAGUCCCCCCAUAUACAGGAUUACCUCUUAUGAAGAGGUUAUGAACCAUUACAGAGUUGUGGGGCAAAUUGGCGGCGGUGCCCUGCCUCACUUUAAACUGUAG